GAUGUGACAGGUUUAUACACAUCGCUAGAUGUUGUCGGUCCGGCUUCUCGUAAUCUGCUGCAAGAUCUUACUGGGCAUUCAAUGACCUCAAGUGAAUUUCCGUCAUUCAGCAUUAAGGAACUGAGUAUUGAUAUAGCGACGGGUAUUCGUGCGAUUAGUAUAUCGCAUUGUGGUGAACUUGGAUNUAGGAACUGA